AUGUGGGUAUUUGGCUAUGGCUCAAUCGUCUGGAAGACUGAAUUUCCUGCAGAGGACACGGUGUUUGGUUACGUUGAAGGCUGGCAUCGGAGAUUCUGGCAGGGCAGUCCAGAUCACCGUGGCUCACCCGAAGCAAAGGGCCGUGUUGUUACACUCAUUAGCCGAGAAGAGAUGAAGAAAUUUGAUGACGAGUUUGCACACUUGGCAGGUGACCACAUCACAUGGGGCCGUCUGUACAAGGUGCCGGAUGAGGAGGUUCAGGACACGCUUACAAAACUCGAUAAUCGUGAGCAGGCUGGCUAUGAUCGCCAAAUGGUGGACGUGCACUGCGUUGACGGUGUCGUGCGCAAAGCGCUUGUGUAUAUUGCUACACCGACUAACUCGGACUUUUUGGGUCCGUCAUCGGUGGAUGAAAUGGCCAAGGAGAUUGCUACUCGACGGGGAUUCAGUGGUCCAAACUUUGAGUACCUUUUCAAGCUCUGUGACUGUAUGCGUACAUUGCAAGUUCGUGAUCCACACCUCAUUGCGUUGGAGAAUGCUACACGUAAAUAUACGUCUGUCAUUAACUGGAGCGCGAGUAGCAAUGGAUGUGGUGUUCAAUAA